AUGUAUAACAUUAUAGAGCACCAACUCAAGUCCUCUGUUCCUUCACAUCAUCCUGGAACAGGGAUGCCACCUGCGAACGGAGUAGGGGGGCACGAGGGCGGCCACACAGGUUCCAAAUUACCGACAAUCCAACCUGACCCGAUGGACAAAGUCAAGCGGCCCAUGAAUGCCUUCAUGGUCUGGUCUCGCGGUGAGCGACGGAAAAUGGCCCAGGAAAAUCCCAAAAUGCACAAUUCUGAGAUAUCCAAACGGCUGGGUGUCGCGUGGAAAUCUCUAACAGACGCCGAGAAAAGGCCCUUCAUUGACGAGGCAAAGCGCCUCCGCGCGGUGCACAUGAAGGAUUAUCCGGACUAUAAAUACAAGCCCCGUCGUAAAACCAAACCGAUGCCGAAGAACAAUACUCUAGCCGCCCAGUAUCAGAUGUCGGCCGGUAACCACCUGCUGAGUGCGUCCGCGGCUCAGGGACAAGUUGGAAACCCCAGAAUGGACGCAUAUGGCUGGGGCCACACAGGGGGCUACACUGCGGCGAUGCAGAGCGAGGCGCUCGGCUACAGCCAGCAGCUUCACCGCUAUGACCUCUCAGCACUUCAGUAUCAGUCCAGCAUGGCCCAGGCCCAAGCCUACAUGAAUGGUGCCAACGCAUACAGCCCCAUGUCCUACAACAGCAGCCCACAGCAGGUCAGCCCAGUGAUGUCCAUGGUGAAGCAGCAGUCUGAUAGCCACAGCAUGUCCCCCUCCCCCACCGGGCCCCACAGCCCCCUCCAGCAGCACCACCACCAGGCCCACCAGCAGCACCAGACCCAGCGUGGUAUCCAGGUCCAGGGAGACCAUCUCAGGGACAUGAUCAGCAUGUACAUGCCUGGAGGAGAUGCCCCAGAGGCCCAGAGAGGGUACUCCGUCUCUGCAGCAAACAUCCAGCAGCAUUACCUGGGAGGGUCAGCUCCACUCACCCACCUUUGAAUUCCCUCUCACACACCUCUAAGCUGAACUCACCAACUCGCACACCUCUGAACUGAGACAUUAUACUGAUUCAAUCAACCUUGUAUCAUGUUGGUUGAAUUGCUGUCGACUCCCCGCCUAACUCUUGUUGGUCCCUUAUCCACAUCUGACCUACAGGGUCUGACCCUGUUAUUGUGGAAGUCCAGAAGGAUGGAUGUUGGCAAACAACGUGAUCUGACUUGAUAUGCUGGCAUUGACUGGUGGCAGCCCAAUUGGGUCAGUAAAUGUGCAGGGACUGAAGAAAGAAAAUGUUCAUUUUAAUACAAAGAUGAGAUCACUCACUGACACAGACAAUAUUUUGUGACAAGAUGAUGUCAUCAUUGGUCGUUGAUUGGUUUCAGUGUACAUUCCAGUUGGAAUGCCUUGAUGGUUAGGAGUGAUUCCAAACCCCAGAUAUUGUCCCAUUCUGCUAUUUCUCUAAACCCACCAUCUGAAAGAGUAUUAAUGACUGCAAUGGGAACUCGAAAAAGUUGAAGUGGAAGUAUGAAAUUUUGUUUUUGUGAAUUCUGAACGAAAUGGCUUCGACAUUGACAAUCUCAAAUGUUUCUCUCAGACAACUGCCAUUUCUAUAACCGUUCAGAAAAUGAAUUUACCUCUAAAUGGGUCUACACCCUGUAAUUUAUAUAAAAGUUAAACAGCAGUUGGUUUUUAUUUCACAACUUUUUGAAACACAAAACUGAACCAAUAUUUGAGGAUUUUGUUACUGUUUAGUUUAAAUCGAUGCUGCUUUCUGAGGUUUAGGCCUUAUUUAC